AUGCAAAUCCUUCCAAAUUCUGCAAAUAUUGAAACAUUAAAAGAAUUAGUUAGUAACAUAUUCGAUUUAUAUAAAGAUAGAGAACAAUCUUUCUCAUUGUCAGCUGACAUUGAAAUUAUUGCACAAGAUACAAAUAAAAGAAAACCAGCAGGAAUAAUUGAACAAAUGCUAACAAAAAAAUUAAAAAAUAAUAAUUUGUCAUCAGUUAAUGAAAUUGAAGAAUUCUUAACAAUUAAUGUAGCAAGGGAUUAUUUAUGUAUACCUGCUACAUCUGUUCCAAGUGAACAAGCCUUUUCAAAGUCAGGAGAGUUAAUUAGUAAAAAAAGAAAUAGACUAGGAGAUCGUGCAGUAGAAGCUU